CAAGGGCACGCAAAUGAAUGGCAGCUGACUUUGUCAUAAUGUGCGCAGCGGUGACGCCAGGGGGACGCCGAAAGGGGCGGCAUGUCUCCGCAUGCUAGUUCACGUGCGCCCUUGCCCACUCUGGAGGCAGCAACCGUCGUAGCCGUCGCGGCCAUGACGAGCAGAUCUGGACGCCGGCCGCCACCGGCGCGCACAUGUGUUCACUUAGCCGAGGCCGAGGAGGUGGUGGAAACGCAGUCAAGACUACGUAUUCUGGUAUGCAUACCUGGUACCCAUAAAUAUGGGGAACAUAUAAGGGCCUCAUCCGCCUGCCCCAGACCAAGUGUGAUAGCAUUACAACACACCUACUUACUGCUUCGUCAAGGAGUCGCCGUCCCACUGAGCGCCGACAGCUGAUCAACAUCGUAUGACGCGCCAUGGUCACUGGAAUAUGCAAUGUAAAGACAAGGGCAAUGAAUGUUGAGGCGGUGCGUUGGAUGCGGUGCAUACUGUUCGUUGCGUCAGUUGGAA